CACACCAUCCAAUACACUUCUUUAAUCCAUUUUAUCUUGUAAUUUGUAUAUUAAAAAAUUAUAGAAAUUAUAUAUUAAUAAUCUAUAUGUUAAGACAAAUCAAACAAGAUCACACAUGACUAUAUUUAGGCUUACACAUUAAGAGAAUUUGAUCACUCAAACGAUAUGCUCAGCUCCUUUAUUCUCGACACGGCUGCCAUCAAUCUUGCCGAUCCCGCCACCACGGCAACCCAGCUGGUUGUGCCGGCCUCCCAGACUACCCAGUCAGCCACGCUUGCUGGUUCGGAUUCCCAGGCAGCGGAUACCACGGCAGGCAGUCCCCCUCCAGAUACAGUUUCCGUUCCUUCCUUUUGUCCUCAACGGCAACGUCGUCCGCCAUCUCACCUUAGUGACUACUUUGUCAAUUCCGUUCAAUCCAAUGCGUCGUUGUCUGCCUCUCCCACCUGGUCUUCGGCUUCAACCGGUCGCCGCCGUACAAUUGGAGCAGCCGCCGGCGUCGCCGCUCAUCGCCGCCGCCAGUCGCUGCCCAACGUCGCCCUUCCCCAGCCUCGCCGCAGCCAAUCGCCGCUGCCUGGCGUAGCGCAAGCCAGAGUCGCCGCCGCCAGUCGCCUUCCCCAGCCGGUCGUCGUCGUCCAGUUGGAGCCGUCGUCGCCUUCCCCAGCCUCGCCGCCAUCAUCGCCGACUGGUGCAGCGCCGCCAAACUGGCCAUCGCUCGGGCGGGCUCAAGGCCUGGUCAGUGAGGUUAAGACGUGCGCACGAGGGUCUGCGAUCUUGGGUUUGAGGCCAUCGCCCGAGGGAUCUUACCUCCACCGAAUUGAGGCCAUCUUCGGUAUUACGGAUUGAGGCUAUCUCCGUCAUAGGAAAUAAAUGUUAAGUGGUUUGACUUCGGUGAAAGUCUAAAUUGGUUUGACCGGUGGUCAAAGAGUUCAUGAGAAAACCGUAACACCUAAAUCGUUUUGAAAAGAAAGAAAAUAAGUUGACUGUUGGUCAACCGUCUAAAGAACCGAAUGUAAAGUUGAUUUGAUUUUUACUAAAAGGAUAAACAUAUGCACGAUCUUAAUUGUUGAAUUAUUAUAUUUAUUCUUGUGCUACAAUGGAGUACCACUCAGCGUCAAUGCUGAGCGGAUAGCGUUGUUUUCCUUUUUGCUGUCCGUAGGUGAACAGACAGAUGAACCUAGAGCCGAUCCCAGAGGGCAUUGAGGAGGAGAUGUACGAUGGCGUGGCUGUCUCUUUAAUCUGUUGAUAAUGCUUUAUUUAAUUAACUUUAAUGCUUAUU